GUUUACUUGCUCCCACACAUUGUAUUAGUACUACUGAAAUAUACUGCACUCGGUAUGACUCAGCCAUAUCUCACAGCACAACAAUUGAUACAAUUGAAAAAAAAGGAAAAUUAUGUCACAUGCAACACAUUUGCCAAUUUCGCCCGACAGCUUCUCUGCCAUAAAUCCGGUUUCAUUGAGCCACCCGGCACAGGAUAUCAGCACAAUGGGAUUCUUGUUCACGGGGCGACAUGAUUGGCCAGGAGAAAGAUUUAAAGCGUAGAUUUCCAGUGACUGUGAGGGGCACCAGACAAAUAAAUACCCCGAAUCCACCGUGAGAGAGACGACCAGCUCAGACCGGAGGUUUGCUUAAGAAUUUUCUCUGUGUUGCUCCACAACGAAAAGGAAACAUGGUCAGCCGAUUUGAGCACCCAGCUGGUGGCUACAAGAAGAUGUUUGAGACGUGCGAGGAGCUGUCUGAGCCUGUUCCAGCGACAGUCAUAGGUAGGAUUCCUUCAUUUCUGAAGGGAAGUCUUCUCCGUUUAGGACCUGGGCUUUUUGAGGUUGGAGACGAACCUUUCUACCACCUCUUCGAUGGCCAGGCCCUCAUGCACAAAUUCGACUUCAAAAACGGACAAGUCACCUACUACCGAAAGUAUCUUAAAACAGAUGCCUACGUGAGAGCCAUCACAGAGAAACGCGUGGUGAUCACUGAGUUUGGUACCUUUGCGUACCCCGAUCCCUGCAAAAACAUUUUCUCCAGGUUUUUCUCUUACUUCAAGGGCGUCGAGGUCACAGACAACUGCCUGGUGAACGUUUACCCCAUCGGUGAGGAUUACUACGCUGUGACAGAAACCAACUACCUCACUAAAGUAAACACGGACACCUUGGAGACGCUGAAGAAGGUCGACAUGUGUAACUAUGUGAACAUCAACGGAGUGACAGCCCACCCUCACAUCGAGAGAGACGGAACGGUGUACAACAUCGGAAACUGCAUGGGGAAGGGAGCGACGCUGGCCUACAACAUCGUCAGGGUUCCACCCACGCAGAAAGAUAAGUCUGAUCCCAUUGAGAAGUCCAAGGUGGUGGUGCAGUUCCCCAGUUAUGAGAGGUUCAAGCCCGCCUACGUGCACAGCUUCGGCAUGUCAGAGAACUACUUCGUCUUCGUGGAGACCCCGGUGAAAAUCAACCUGCUGAAGUUCCUGAGCGCUUGGAGCAUCCGAGGCUCAAACUACAUGGACUGCUUUGAGUCCAAUGAGAGCCAAGGGACCUUGUUUCACAUUGCCAGGAAAGAACCCGGAGAGUACAUUGAUCACAAGUACAAAGGGGCGGCCAUUGGCAUGUUUCAUCACAUCAACACCUAUGAGGACCAGGGCUUCAUCGUUGUUGACCUCUGUGGAUGGAAAGGUUUCGAGUUUGUUUACAACUACCUCUGGUUGGCCAACCUGAGAGCCAACUGGGAGGAGGUGAAGAAGGCGGCCAUGAUGGCGCCACAGCCGGAGGUCCGCAGAUAUGUGAUUCCCCUGGACAUCCACAAGGAGGAGCAGGGGAAGAACCUCGUCAGCCUGCCGUACACCACAGCCACAGCCACGAUGCACGCCGAUGGGACCAUCUGGCUGGAGCCGGAGGUGCUCUUCUCCGGGCCUCGCCAAGCGUUUGAGUUCCCGCAGAUCAACUACAAGAAGUACGGAGGAAAGAAUUACACGUACGCUUACGGCUUGGGCCUCAACCAUUUCAUCCCAGACAGGAUCUGCAAGUUGAAUGUGAAGACCAAGGAGACCUGGGUGUGGCAAGAGCCGGACUCCUACCCCUCAGAGCCCCUGUUUGUCCAAACCCCCGAUGGGAUAGACGAAGACGACGGAGUGCUGCUGACCAUCGUGGUGUCUCCGGGCUCCCAGAGGCCGGGAUACCUCCUCAUCCUCAACGCCAAGGACAUGUCGGAGAUCGCCAGGGCAGAAGUGGAUUGCCCCAUGCCGGUCACUUUCCAUGGGAUGUACAAACCCUAAACUCUGCUUUUCUCAGGGUGGCAGCGGCAGCCAUGACGACGUGGAGGCCAAAAAAUGUCACUAAAUGUUUGCAGUUGACCCGGGUUGCUAAGAACAUAUGUAGUGUGAAUUUGUGUGGCGCUUUGAUUGUAGUUGCUGGAGGUUCUCAAGUCUCUAAACCUGCAUUUUCAGCAUUGGUUUAAUAAAUAAAAAUAAUAAUUUCAAAAUCAGAAGCUGUGUUUGUGAUCUCCUCUGUCGUAGUGUGCUUAUUACGGGGUAGCACAGUGAUAGAACGUUGGUUGUUAACACGAAUGAUAAAUUGCUUUCGUUUUUGGAGAUUAAAAUAACCUGAUCUACA